AUGAAGAAAAAUGGGCUUGAUCGGCCGUAUCACCCUUUGCAGGUUUUAUCAUGAAUUGGCAUGACUUUUUCCUCAUCCCUCCUGCUUAAAGAGAGCAAUUUAUUUGUAACCUAUAGGGAUUUUUUUUGAUUUGAAAAAGAUUAUCUAUAAUAAUUUUUUUAAAAAUCUGGAAAUUGAAGUAAAAUACAAUUUAACUAAAAAAGUUAAAAUUAGGAUUAUUUAGUAAGUUUUAUCGCUCUCUCUCGAGAGUCAGUUCUUUUUUACACUGUAUAUUUGCCUUAUCUCCCUAGUGACUCAUUAAUAAUCAUCAUUAUCCUAUACACUUUUACACUAAUUGGAACUCUUUAUAGUGGAAUUCGCUGUACCAUUAGCAACCCUACAGAUCCAUAUGUCCAGAAAAGCAAGUCUGGGGAAUGGGUUCAGCCUUCAAGUCAAAGAUGCUCACUAUGCAAUGCAUAUACAAUGAUAAAAAGCAAGCAUUGUGCAAGGUGCUGCCGUUGUGUAAACGGCUUCGACCAUCAUUGCAAGUGGCUUAAUAAUUGUAUUGGCAGCAAAAAUUAUAGCUCCCUCUGAUUAUUUUAAAAAUUUGUAUGUAUUUUUUUUGUUAUUGAAAUGAAAAAUCUCAUUUAAAAUUUUUUGCUCAAGGAGAUUAAUUUCCCAAAAAUAGGAAUUUUUAAUUGCUUUGCUCACUAACUAAGCAGUGAGAUAAGUGAUUUUUUAAUUUAAUUGCCUUUUGCACGAUGAUGUCACUUACACAGGCAGGCUCUGGAGUAUAUAUAUUUAUUGAUGUUUUAACGAGUGGAGAUACAGGAAAAAUGAUUAAAAAUAGAUACAAUGCGGAUGAUAUUGGAAAAUAUAGCUUAAUUGGACUAAUUUUUGUGGCUUCUUUAUUAUGUCUCCUCGUGAGCAUAUUUUUGGCACACCUUUUUAUUUUUCAUGUUUAUUUGCAUUAUUUAGGGCUUACCACUUAUGAUUAUAUUUUGAUGAAAAAAGAAAAAACCGCAGGAAAAGUGCAAGUGAAUAGCGUUAAUAUGACAAUGGAUACUUCAUUUGGAGAAGAACACCAGAGAAAAGUUGUCGUUAUGGAGGAAUCUCCUAUAAUAAAACGCAUAAUGCAAAGCAAAGCAAAAAAAGCAAGAAUUACACCCUUCAAGCAUCUUGAUAUCAAAUGUGUUACCCACCGAAUUAUAGAUUUCAAAGAACAGGAUGAGGAGAUUCCAUAUUUUUUACCUAAAAAUACCAUUUCUAAUAAAAAUUUAUAAAAAAUUUUUUUCCAAGGAUGUGGAUUCUUUUAGAUCUGUGUAA